GUGCCGUGCGCUAUUCUAUGUCUCUGAGGUGGACAUGUUGAAAGCAAUGCGUUACGCUUUGUUCCGUGAAAGUACUCGAACAGGUAUGCCGUUGUCCGGGACCAAUCUGACUGCUCUUCAUGGCUUCGUUAGUCUGCUUGCCGAUCACUUCCCCGUCAUGACCACUUACGGCAGUAAGACAUUAUUGGAUCGGUCGACACAAGCUGUCAAGGUGUUCGCUCGCCUGAGGGAUUUUAUUGAGAAUCGAGGAUUGGAUAGCUGGAUUUCGACUGACGACUGGCAAAAAGAGUUCAUUGCAGCUGAGGAAGCUGCAAAUAAUCCGUUUGCAGUUAAUUCUGACUGGGAUCACUGUCGUGGAUCAAGUGGUCAGUUUCGCGGCUACACCUGUGGCCUAUGGAUUUCUUUCCAUGCGCUGACAGUAUCCGCCUACAAACAGGCUGAAGAUCACUUAGCCGAGUUCAAACCACUCGAGCCACUGCAAGCAAUCCGAUCUUGGGUGGGCUCAUUCUUCGGAUGCUUACAUUGCCGUGAGCACUUCCUCAAAAUGACCACAAGCACAUUCUCGAUGGAAUCGCAGGUUCGCAAGCCGGAAGAUAUAUUCUUGUACCUAUGGCGAGCACACAAUAUCGUUAAUGCGCGUUUGCAAGGACGUGAAACUGAGGAUCCACAGUUCCCGAAAGUGCAGUUUCCUGCCUCUUUCCUUUGCUCGGAUUGCACAGCAAACGGCCUUUUUAAUGAGAAAAAAACGGAAGGGUUUCUCAUAAAUUACUUUUCUUCGAUUAAACCAUUUCAGUCAUCUAGAUUUCUACUAAUAUAG